UUCGCUUGUUGGCAGAGAGCGAAACAAACAUGGCGAUGGAUUCAAGUGGCUGGGGGUUUACGUUAACUUUAUUCGUGUUUUCAUACGUUUUUGCGACGAGGCUGGUUGAAGCUUCGGUUUCAGACUCGAGGGAAACCACGCGGAUACUCGGCAUGAGGCUAGAGAAGAGCGACAAGCCAGCCGAGACCACCGAAGGGGGAGAUAUUCAGGUGACCGAGGGGAGCGAUAUCUCCUUAAGGGUCUACGGGCUCCACUUGUUCCCCAACAGCUCGGAUAUCAUCGGGUUCGGUAAACUGUUCGCCAGUGAUAAAGAAGAUGCUGAUUUCUCAGAUAAAUGGUUAAACAGGACUUGUCCCAAAGAUCAGAAUGAUAUUGAUGUUAGGGGACCCAUGAAGGUAAACGACGAAAACACCUCAGGGACAGUCUCCCUCAGCAUCAAGCAGCUCCGUAAGAAUGAGGUGGUGAAAGUGUUCGGCUUGUGCGUCCUGGACGCCCGGGAUCAGAAGUGGUACCUGAUGGACGAAGAAGACGGCAGGCUGCGCAAGGUUGUUCGAUAA